AUGACAGAGUUUACAUUUACAAAAUCAUUCCUCUUGUCACUUGAUUCACAAUCUGUGAAGCUCCCCAGUGAUCAUGUCUUUGAUCCCAGCAGCUUUGAGACUCCACAUCCUUACACCCUCACCCGCCUCUCUGAUCGCCACCCCCCGAUGCCAAGGAAGAUAAAGCAACCAACGAUUCCGGGAUCAUCAAAGUCAAUAAGAAUUCAUCUGAAGUCGGCCCGAAAUCCAGCACUACAUAUUACCCUGGAUAAUUGCUCCAUACCAUCUACCUCAGUCGGGGAGCUCAAGGAAGUCGUCCAAGAGAGGGUCCAAGUGGGGAAUGCGCGUGUGCCCCUGGAUAGAAUAAAGAUAUUGUGGAAGAGGAAACCUGUGCAAGGAGAGACAAUAGCUGAGAUUCUAGAAGGUGAUUCUACAGUAAUAUCAGAUGGAAGUGAGAUUGAAUUGGGUGUCAUGAUUCUUGGUGGUGCAUCACUUAUCUCUGCAACUCCCAGUGCAGGGGAAAGAAAACACUCAGAGAAAUCAUCAGAGACACUCUCUACUCAAGAUCUGGUUGAAAAUGAUGCACGGAAUGUGCUGGCAACUGAAGAGUUUUGGGAUGAUCUAGAGUCAUUUGUGAAGACUAAAGUGAAGGACGCAGUGUGGGCAUCCCAGAUCAGAUCUGUAUUUAGAAAAGCAUGGGUUUCGAGCAGGUAG